AUGAUUAAGUUUUUCCUUCUGGUCAACAAGAUUGGUCAAACCCGUAUGGCAAAGUACUACGAGUUUAUGGAAAUGAAUGAGCGCGUGCUUUUGGAAGGAGAAUGUGUCCGUAAGUGCCUCGGAGUCAAGGAUACUAGCAGUAACGUAGUGGAAUUGAGACAGUAUAAGCUGGUUUUCCGCCGCUAUGCUUCUCUGUACUUCAUUGCUGGUCUUGAUAUCAAUGGAGACGAUAACGAGAUGGCUGUUUACGAGUUCAUUCACUGCUACGUCGAGACCCUGAAUUCUAUUAUUGGAAAUAUUUGCGAGCUUGAUAUUAUGUACAAUCUUGACCGUUGUCACUUCAUUCUUGACGAGAUGCUUGCCAAUGGCGAGGUGGUAGACGUUAACAAACAGAAUAUUACUCGACCACUCACUUUGAUGGAGAAGGCCAGAAAUAAGUGUUAAUGCUGUUGCUUGUCAUAU